AUGGCGGAGCUGCUGCGGAGCCUGCAGGAUUCCCAGCUCGUGGCCCGCUUCCAACGCCUCUGCGGGCUCUUCCCAGCGCCGGAUGAAGGCCCCCGGGAGAGCGGCGCCGGCCCCUCGGAGGGCGCGGCACGGGUCCCCGGGGUCGGGCAUCUCCCCGUGGCCAACGGCAAGAGCGGCGGGGGGCCGCCCAACGGGCUGCGGAGAGACGUGGCCCCUCAGGCUUAUGUGCAGAAAUAUGUAGUGAAGAAUUAUUUCUACUAUUACCUGUUCAGAUUUUCUGCUGCGUUGGGUCAAGAAGUGUUCUAUAUCACAUUCCUUCCAUUCACUCACUGGAAUAUUGACCCAUAUUUAUCCAGAAGGCUGGUCAUGAUAUGGGUGUUGGUGAUGUAUGUUGGUCAGGUGACCAAGGAUAUCUUGAAGUGGCCCCGUCCCUCUUCCCCUCCCGUUGUGAAACUGGAAAAGAGGGUGAUUGCUGAAUUUGGAAUGCCAUCCACCCACGCCAUGGCGGCUACCGCCAUUUCCUUCAGCCUCCUUCUCUCUACUGUGGACAGAUACCAGUACCCUUUUGUUUUGGGACUGGUGAUGGCUGUCAUGUUUUCCACCUUGGUGUGUCUCAGUAGGCUCUACACGGGCAUGCACACAGUGCUGGAUGUGCUGGGUGGUGUCCUGAUUACCGCACUCCUCAUUGGCCUCACCUACCCCGCCUGGACUCUCCUUGACUACUUGGACUCAGCCAGUCCCCUCUUCCCAGUGUGUGUCAUAGUUGUGCCGUUCUUCUUGUGUUACAAUUACCCCGUGUCUGAUUACUACAGUCCAACCAGAGCAGAUACCACCACAAUUCUGGCUGCCGGCGCUGGAGUGACCAUAGGAUUCUGGAUCAACCACUUCUUCCAGCUCGUGUCCAUGCCUGCUGAAUCUCUCCCUGUUGUUCAGAACAUCCCACCACUCACCACUGGCAUGUUAGUUUUGGGUCUAACCAAAUUUGCAGUGGGGAUUGUGCUGAUCCUCUUGGUUCGUCAACUUGUACAGAAUCUCUCGCUGCAAGUAUUAUAUUCGUGGUUCAACGUGGUCACCAGGAACAAGGAGGCCCGGCGAAGACUGGAGAUUGAAGUGCCUUACAAGUUUGUCACCUACACAUCUGUUGGCAUCUGUGCUACAACCUUUGUGCCAAUGCUGCACAGGUUGCUGGGAUUACUCUGAACCUCCAACAGCUGGGAACUAGCCCACAUGGGCAGGAGAACUAAGACAUAGGAAAAUUGUUGG